UGCCACGCUGACGUGGAGCGGAUGCUGCUGGAAGCCCAGCUAGAGACGGAGAGCGGGGACGGGGCCCUGCUCGUGCUGGACGCUCCAGCCUGGAAUGACGGUGGAGCUGGGCAGGCGAGCGAGCAGUCAGGGGAGAGCGAGGUCCUUCCUGCACACAGCCAGCCCCCACAGGGCUGCCCCCACCCCCAGCAGGGGGAUACGCUGGAGGAAACCAAGCGGAGACAGCGACUCCUGCCAGCGUCCCUGGGCUGGGCCUGUACCCGCUGCCCCCGGUACCUGUCUCCAAAGGAAUUUGCCUUUGUGUGCUCCCCCCAGCCUGUGCUGUGGAGCCUGCAGGGAGGUGCAGUGGGGAGGAAGAAGAGACUUUUCAGUUCAGAGCUGCUGCUGCUCUUCAUCCCCUCGCUGCUGCUCAGCCACCUCCUGACCCUGGGGCUGGGGAUCUACAUUGGGAAGCACCUGGCAGCCACCUCGGCCAACCCCCUGUGAGGAGCCCUGUGCUGCCCCGCUCGGUGUGCAGGGGGAGCCCGGCACCCGCACAGCCCGACCGCUCCCAGGCUCCGUGUCUGUGGCACGAGGUGCCUCCCCGUGUACCUCCUGUAGCCCCCGCCCUGGGAGCUGAUCCCCCUCUCCCACGUAGACAGGAACCUGCUGACAGCAGCACCCAGCCGCAGGCAGCCCCUGCCCUCCCCAGCCCCUGGUUACGGGUCCAGGUCCCCUGUAACACAGACUGUAAAUAUGACUGAGCCCAUGUCAAUAAAGAGCCCUGUUCCAGCUUGGGGGCCCAGCAGUGA